AUGCAGCCGUAUGAGAGCCAGAUUUUCCAACAGAAAGUCUAUGAAGAGCAAGCAAAACAGCUGCGACAGCACCAAAAGGCUGUAAAGGCUCUGCAACGUCUCACAGCUACAGAAGAGACAGUAGAGGAACUCAAACCAGAAGAGACGGUAGAGGAACUCAGACCAGAAGAGACGGUGGAGGACCUAAAACCAGAAGAGACGGUAGCGGACCUCAAACCAGAAGAGACGGCAGAGGAACUGAAACCAGAAGAGACGAUAGCGGAACUCAAACCAGAAGAGACGUUAGAGAAACUCACACCAGAAGAGACGGUAGAGGAACUCAAACCAAAAGAGACGGUAGCGGAACUCAGACCAGAAGAGACGCGAGAGGAACUCAAACCAGAAGAGAUGGUAGAGGAACUCAAACCAGAAGAGACGCGAAAGGAACUCAAACCAGAAGAGAUGGUAGAGGAACUCAAACCAGAAGAGACGGUAGAGGAACUCAAACCAAAAGAGACGGUAGCGGAACUCAAACCAGAAGAGACGGUAGCGGAACUCAGACCAGAAGAGAUGGAGGACCUCAAACCAGAAGAGACGGUAGAGGAACUCAGACCAGAAGAGACGCGAGAGGAACUCAAACCAGAAGAGACGGUACAGGAACUCAAACCAGAAGAGAUGGUAGAGGAACUCAAACCAGAAGAGACGGUAGAGGAACUCAAACCAAAAGAGACGGUAGCGGAACUCAAACCAGAAAGGAUGGAGGACCUCAAACCAGAAGAGACGGUAGAGGAACUCAGACCAGAAGAGACGCGAGAGGCACUCAAACCAGAAGAGACGCAAGAGGAACUCAAACCAGAAGAGACGGUAGAGGAACUCAAACCAGAAGAGACGGUAGAGGAACUCAAACCAGAAGAGACGGUAGAGGAACUCAGACCAGAAGAGACGGUAGCGGAACUCAAACCAGAAGAGACGGUAGAGGAACUCAUGCCAGAAGAGGCGGUAGAGGCACUCAUACCAGAAGACAGCCAACUGGAAGUCUUACUGUCAGAGAUCCAGGAGGCAGCCGUAAAGAAGCAGACCUCCGCAGAAGAGACUGUGGAUAUUACUCUGGAGGAAACUGAAGAAACACAGUCUGUUGAAAAAGGCACCAGAUCUGCUCAUCUCAUGGCCGCAGCGAUGAUAAAGAAGUUAAUUCAAAAAGCCCACAUGGUUCCUGACACUGAGCAGCAGAUCCGUCUUGUCCAAAUUCUUAGAAAAGUGGAGACUGGGGUUCGGAUCCCAGAGGACAGUCAGCUCACAGACAAAGACCUCAAAGCCAUCGGGAAAGCGGCCGCCAAAAGCUUACUGCAGGAGUGUGGCUCGGUCUCUGCUCUAAGCGACAAUAGUUUCACUGAGGAAACAAUGAAGCUGAACCUGAACCUCCAACUCAGUGUGUAUCUGCCGGACAGCCCACCACCUGCGUCACAAAGAAAGAGAUCACACAAAGACCAACUCCUCCUGAACCACCAGAACCGUCAGCUCUGUAUCAGCCAGUGCCUCAAAAAGAUACAAACUCAGCAGAAUCCUCCUCAGACUCUGACCGUUUGUGAAAUAGACGGAAAAGUCCAAUAUGAGCUACAGACAGAAUCCUCCACACUCACAUCAAGGGGCGGAGAAAAGACAGAAGAGGCCUCCACUGAAAAGACGACCUUUGGGAACGGGCACAAAGCUCCAGGAAACAUACCACCAACUGAUAUCAAUCAAAUGUUCCAGCUGACCACGCGACCAGAAGGAGUCGGGCAACUUACCUUCAUUCAAGAGAAAAGCUAA